GCUACCGAAGCCAAAAGACAAAUCGGCAUAAGCAUAACCUGUCGGAGCUCCGCGCGGACUUCUUGGAUCUGCGCUGGGCCCCCCCUCGGCGACGCCUGCAGCGCCCCACCUGGCGCGCUCCGCACGCCAGGGCGGGAGUGGCAGCGCCGAUCCAAGAGAUCCGCACUGCCUUCCGAAAGCCUACGAUCAUGCAGUUUUUUUUUGUUCCUGUCUGCGUGCUGCCUGCUGCACUGGCCGCGCACCACCCGGUGCGCCGGCGUUCGGUGCCCGAGGCCGCUUGCGCACUCCUCGUGGCGAAGAGUCUCUGCAGCCGAGCACCGGAUGACGAAACCUUCCCCCGAACAGCUGGGCCGGCGUUUUUUUAUAGCCAGCUUGCCGCAAGGCCGGCCCAGUUCCUCGAGCACGCUCGCACCUCCAGCGCGAACGGCAGAAGUUGGCCCAGAGUUCUUGGCAGAGACCUCCUGGGAAGCUGGACCAGAUGCCUUGAACACUUGUUCUCUUGA